AUGACGACCAAAGAAGCGGACACUACUGUUAGUGACACGAACGGCGAAGCGAAAGCGAAUUGUCCUUGUAACAGCGAAGAUGUCACCGACACCACAAACUCCCCCGGUCAAGGAGCGUCUGAACCACCACCACCACUGGAGCUGAAGGAGAGCGACGUCGAAGCACAACCCCCAGCUCUAACUCCCGCCAAAACCAACGAGCGCAAAGCGUACAGCGCCUUCUCCGACCGCGCCAAAUGGUUCAUCGUGACCAUGACGGCCAUGGCGUCCUUCUUCUCCCCGCUGUCCAGCCAGAUCUACUACCCGGUCCUCCCGAUUUUGACGAAGACAUACAAUCUCUCCCAAAGCCUGAUCAACGUCUCCAUCACCACGUACAUGAUCUUCCAGGGCCUGGCGCCCAGUUUCAUGGGCACCUUCUCCGACGCGAGUGGACGACGGUUGGGGUAUAUCAUCGCCUUCACCAUCUACACGGCCGCGAACAUUGGGUUGGCGCUGCAGGACAGCUAUGCCGCGUUGCUCGUCCUGCGGUGCCUACAGAGCGCGGGCAGCAGUGGCACGGUCGCUUUUGGAUACGGCGUCAUUGCUGACAUCGCCACCACGGCUGAGCGGGGAAAGUACAUCGGUCCCAUGGCGGCUGGUGUCUUGACGGCACCGGCAUUGGGCCCCACCAUCGGCGGCCUUCUGACACAGUUCCUAGGAUGGAGAGCCGUCUUCUGGUUCCUCACUAUUAUCAGUGGCGGGUAUUUGGUCCUGUAUAUCGUCUUCAUGCCCGAAACGCAGCGCAAGAUCGUGGACGACGGGAGCAUCGUGCCGUAUCAGUGGUGGCGCCAGUCGGUCGUCCAGUACGUGGCCGGCCGGCGGCGCCUGAAGAGGAUGAGCGCCGAAGAGAGACGCGACUAUGAGCGGACGCAGCAGGAUCUGGCAGAGCGGCAGCGAGACGCGAAGAUCCGGUUCCCCAACCCGCUGGGAUCCUUUGUCAUUCUUGCCAACCCGGACGCGUUCUGUAUCAUCACGUACACCGGGAUCAUGAUGUUCAGUAACCUGGUUCUGAUGACGAGUACACCGACCGUGUUCCCCAGGCUAUACGGACUCAACGAGCUCGAGGUCGGGUUAUGUUUCUUACCCCUCGGCGUCGCCGCCGCCGUCGGCUCGUUCUGCAACGGCCGCCUCCUCGACUGGAACUACCGGCGCACGGCGCACAGGCUGGGCGUUACGGUGGACCGCAAGCGCGGCGACGACCUGCGGAACUUCCCCAUCGAGCGCGCCCGCCUUCAGGCCGUCUUCUUCACGCAGAUCCUGCAGGUCGCGGUGCUGCUGCCCUACGGCUGGGUGCUGGAGCACCACGCCUCCCUCGCCGUUCCGCUCGUCCUGCAGUUCAUCCUGGGCUUCUGCCUCGUCGUCGCCUCCAACUCGCUCAGCACCCUCCUCUCCGACAUCUAUCCGGGCAGCGUCUCCACCGCGUCCGCCGCCUCCAACCUCGUCCGCUGCGGCCUCGGCGCCGUAGGUGCAGCCGUCGUCAACGACAUGCUCACCGGGCUGGGUCUUGGCUGGUGUUUCUUCCUCGUCGCCAUGCUCAUGGCCGCUGCGACGGUGUUCCUCUGGGUCGAGGCCAGAUGGGGCAUGGAGUGGCGGCAGCAGCGGUGGAGGAGGGUGGAAGAGAAGAAGAAACAGGAGCAAGAUAAAGAGAAUGAGAAGAAGAAACUAGCCGAGAAGGAGGCUGAGAGGCAAACCGAGAAAGAGGACACGCCUCGAGUGUGA